AUGGUUGAAACUGACGGCCUCCCUAGCACUGAUCCAAAAUUUGGAGAACGAAACAUCUCACCAAAAAAGCUUCGGCGCUGUAACCGUGGUUCAAGAGGGAAGAAAAAGUAUCCAGUUGAUCCAACAUUACCAAACAUCAAACACAGCUUCUAUCGAACAUAUGAGUUUAUGAUGUAUUCGUUUAAGGCAAGAAAGCUCAAAGAAGGGACCCCAGGAAAUAUCAUUACUGCUCAGUUCUUUGCCAGGAGUUCCACCAAAAACAAGGAAAAUGUCCAAGUGGGGAUCGAUGUGAAUUCGCACAUGGGGUUUUUUAGUCUUGGCUUCAUCCAUCAUUGUACAGGACUCAGUUCUGUAAUCUUGGUCAGCAUCAGAAGAAUAGUUUGCUUUUUUGCACACUCACAAGAGGAGUUCCGACAUGUCUCUUCCAAUGUCCCUGCCACAUUGCAUCUUCCAGGGGGCAGUCCUCAACUGAAUAUGAGUCGCUUUAGAUCAGGAACAAUGGUUUCUCCUCACAACAUGGAAGCUUAUUCACCUUCUAGUUCUAGGUCUCAGAGGGUGCAGCAGGUUAGGAGUCCUAGUUCCCGCCACCUUGGUUUGAAUGUUGUUGCUAAUGUUGGAAGCGAGGAACCGGAUUUGUCAUGGGUUGAAGCGAUGGUCACAGAAUUUCCCGAUAGAUGA